GAUUUUGUAUGUGUCAUCGUGUAGUUGUGUUGAUCCGUCGUUACCAAUUUGCCAUGAUCGUCAAAUAGCAUUGUUUAAGCUUGCAAUUUCUUCUGAACUUCCACCAUUUUUUUCCUGCUGAGAAGAAACACAGAGGAAGUAAUUGAUCCAAACAUAGAUCUGUGCGAAUACAAGGACGAGGAAGAUGGUGUUAAUAACGGCAGUUCGAGAAUAUAUCAAUCGGAUGCUCCAAGAUAUAUCCGGCAUGAAAGUUCUUGUACUUGAUCCUUCUACGGUUAGUGCCGUCAGUGUUGUCUAUAGUCAGUCUGAUUUACUGAAGAAGGAAGUGUUUUUGGUAGAGUUGGUGGACUCCAUCUCCAUGUCGAAGAAAUCCAUGUCUCAUCUUAAAGCUGUGUACUUCCUUAGACCGACAUCAGAAAAUAUCCAGCAUUUGAAGCGUCAGCUCGCUAGCCCUCGAUUUGGGGAGUAUCACGUUUUCUUUUCCAACAUACUGAAUGACACUCAGAUUCACAUAUUAGCAGAUUCAGAUGAGCAUGAAGCUGUGCAGCAAGUACAGGAAUUCUAUGCAGACUUUGUUGCUGUUGAUCCUUGUCAUUUCAGUCUUAACAUUUCCUCAAACCACCUCUAUAUGCUUCCAGUGGCUAUGGAUCCUUCAAAGCUUCAACAAUAUUGUGACCGAAUUGUUGAUGGGAUAUCGGCAGUUUUCCUGGCACUAAAACGCCGUCCUAUCAUCAGAUACCAGAGAGCAUCUGAUAUAGCAAAAAGAAUAGCCCAGGACACUGCGAAUUUGAUGUAUCAGCAAGAAAGUGGUCUCUUUGAUUUUAGGAGAUCAGAAACAUUGUUGCUUGUAUUGGAUAGAAGAGAUGAUGCAGUUACUCCAUUACUAAAUCAAUGGACAUACCAGGCAAUGGUUCAUGAACUGAUAGGCAUCCAAGAUAACAAAGUUGAUCUGAGGACUCUUGCAAAGGUCCCAAAAGAUCAGCAGGAGGUUGUGCUGUCUUCGGAGCAAGAUUCAUUUUUCAAAGCUAAUAUGUACGAGAACUUUGGGGAUAUUGGCAUGAAUAUCAAACAAAUGGUGGAUGAAUUUCAGCAAAUCGCAAAGAGUAAUCAGAGCAUCCAGACAAUUGAGGACAUGGCCAAAUUUGUUGAUAAUUACCCCGAGUACAGAAAAAUGCACGGCAAUGUUUCGAAGCACGUCACACUAGUGACGGAAAUGAGCAAGAUAGUGGAGGAGAGAAAGCUUAUGUUAGUGUCUCAAACCGAACAAGAGUUGGCUUGCAAUGGUGGACAAGGGGCAGCAUUUGAGGCUGUGACAAAUCUUCUAAACAAUGAAAGUGUCUCUGAUAUUGAUCGUUUACGGCUGGUAAUGUUGUAUGCUUUGCGCUAUGAGAAGGAAAGUCCCGUCCAGUUAAUGCAACUGUUUAACAAGCUUGCUUCAAAAUCUGCAAAGUACAAGCCUGGGCUGGUACAGUUUCUCUUGAAGCAAGCAGGUGUUGAUAAGCGUACCGGGGACCUGUAUGGGAAUCGGGAUUUAAUGAAUAUAGCUCUCAAUAUGGCACGUGGACUGAAGGGUAUUGAAAACGUAUAUACCCAACAUCAACCACUGCUAUUUCAGACAAUGGAAAACAUUUCCAAAGGGCGUUUGAGGGAUAUUGACUACCCGUAUGUUGGAAAUCACUUCCAACCAGGAAGGCCACAAGAUGUUGUAAUUUUUAUUGUUGGUGGGACUACUUAUGAGGAAUCACGCGCUGUUGCUCUGUAUAAUUCCACCAAUUCUGGAAUUCGCUUUAUACUUGGAGGCACAACACUUCUCAACUCUAAAAGGUUCUUGAAGGAUCUUGAAGAAGCUCAGAGAAUGCUGCGGUCCAGCAGCACCUUAGUUUGAAUCAUGAAUGGUUCACUUUGGAGCAUUAGUGAAAUUAUGUGCAAUCAUUGUAGUAUCCAGCUUGCAAACUAUUUACGGCAUCUGCAGAUGGAACUCUUUUAGCUAAUUGUUGAUGGAAGCUUGACUCUGUCAUCCCUUUGUCUUUGACCACAUUGUUGUAGUGUCGCAAUUCCUGGUGGACUCUAUGAGCACAAGUCAUUCAUCAUCCUCCUGCAAUCGUGCGAAUGGUUGGACUUCCAAAUCUCAACCACCCUAAAGCUAUUCUCUUUGGUCGGCGUUGUAUAGGAUGUGUUGAAUGAAUCAUGUAUUCUUUUAUUUGUAAGGUAAUUUGUAUCUAUGAAGAGGAGUAGAGGCUGGAUGUAGAAAUUAGACCGGCUGCUUUUCUGUGUAUGGUUUUUUCUUUUCAGAUACAGUCGCCAUGUCACCUACAAGUGCCCAUUUUUCCUAGCCGUAUUUGCUAGUUUAUGGGCUUUACAUAUACCAGCUAUAGGAACUUACUAACAUGCGGUAAUUACCUGGAAACAGGACAUCGUUUUGUCAUUUGAAGAGUUUUUGUAUGAAUUUGAGUCAUAAGUUUUUCUUGGGA